UAUCGUCAACAUGGGAUUGAGAAGCGCAACAACUCGCAAGACUGGAAAAACUAAACUUUAGACGCAUGCAAUAAGUUACCAUCUAUGAAAUCAAAUGGAUAAUUUGCCAAUCUCGCUGUGAGUCGGAGCACAUCAGAUCAGACUGUCUGACACGCGGGGACAUUUAAAACAGAAACAUGCGCUCUCAUUAUUGGGUUCAAGGUGCAGGACGCAGCCCAGAUUCCAGGAGGUUCACGGUUGUUGAAGUAUCAGCAAGCAGUGUAUCAGUGCAGAGUCCAGCACUCAAUCCUAGGAAAAGGAUUCAUUCUGCAGAGGAAGUGCAAUGCGGCAGCCGGCCAAACCCGGAGGGUGCCGGUUCAGUGUCCGUAACAGAGUUAAGUUAUUCUGAGAACAAGCACGGCAGGGAAAGCCUAUGUCAGCGAUGUCAAAUCAUUGCGAAGCAACUGAACAGGCAGGCGCGCGAGCUGGCCGAGCCAGGAACUCUGAAGGACCCGAGCUUUGCAGCCUUCCUCCUUGACAAGCUCCAGACUGUGGAAUGGCCUCCAAGGAGCUGUGGUGCCCAGAGCAGCUGUGAAGUGUGUGGAACCCCCCUUCACUACCUGAGGCGCCUGGCACUCCACUCUGCCCUGGGGCUGGCAUUCGACAUGCCUGACCUGCAGCCCGGACCCCUUUCUGGCCUGCUGCCACCACGUGUGGCAUCUCACAGUUCCAUCUCACCCUCUGCUUCCUGGGAAUGGCCCACACAGUGUUCUCCAGUUUCUAGGAGUCAAAAACUCACCGGGCAUCCAUGUGGUCCACAGUCCAGGGAGAAAACACAGGAAAUGGGUUGGAAUCAAGAUGGAGCAGCGAGAGUGGGUGGCAAACGAACCUGUUUGGCCACUGUCACUCCACUUCCUCUACAUGCACAACACUACCUGGAGGGAGUAUGGCGUGUGACAAGCACCUCAGAACAUCUUCGCUCAUUGAGUCCAACUAUAGCCUCCAGAUCCAGUCGGACCAGUGCUGUACCUUUGGUUUCUCCAUCAGGACAGAAACCGAGUCACCAUGACCAUCCAGCCAUCCCAGCAGCACCCCAAACCAGCACAGCAGCCUCAUUCUUCCUCAGGGCUGCCCAGAAGCUGAACCUCUCCAAACGAAAGAAGCCUCAGCCACUUCCGCCCUCCCCACCUGACCCAGAAGAGCCGUUCUUCUACACUGAUGGCUUCAGCGCUGCCCUGCAGCUCUCACCCCCGCCUGUACCCCCAUGUCUCCUCAGGGCAGGGUCAAAGGUUAAGGACAGCCCUGGGAUGGGAAAGGUGAAAGUAAUGGUGAGAAUAUGCCCUGCCAAAGGAUUGCGAGACACCUCAGAAUCCAUGUCCUUUCUCAAGGUAGACAGCCAUAAGAAACAGCUGACCUUUUGUGAGCCGCCCACCUCCACACGCUCCACUUCUGCCACCGCCCCAAAGAUGUUUACCUUUGAUGCCGUCUUUACCCAAGAUGCUUCACAGGCGGAGGUCUGCUCGGGGACAGUGGCGGAGGUUAUCCAGUCUGCGGUUAACGGGGCAGAUGGCUGCAUCUUCUGUUUUGGUCAAGCCGACCUCGGCAAAAGCUACACAAUGAUCGGCAGGGACAGCUCUACACAGAGCUUGGGUGCGGCACCCUGUGCUAUCUCUUGGCUUUUCAAGCUCAUCGAGGAAAGGAAAGAGAAAGCUGGCACACGUUUCUCCAUCCGCGUGUCUGCUGUGGAAAUCUGUGGCAGGGAGGAGGUGCUGCGAGACCUGUUGGCUGACUUUUCCACAGGGACUUCCCAGGACAGUCAGGGUGCAGGAAUUUCCCUGCGAGAGGAUCCGGUCUGUGGAUCACAGCUGCAGAACCAGAGCGAGUUGCGGGCAUACUCUGCAGAGAGGGCAGCAUUCUUCCUGGAUGCAGCUCUGGCAGCACGCAGCACCAGCAGAUCUGACUGUAAGGAAGAGGACCGCCGGAAUUCUCACAUGCUCUUCACACUACACAUUUCCCAGUACCGUAUGGAGAAGAGCACCAAAACAGGAAUGUCUGGGAGUCGUAGCCGUCUGCAUCUUCUGGAUUUGGGCAGUUGUGAGUCUGAUUUGAGUCAAACGCGAGAUGGAGGAAGAGGCCAGUGUCUGUCAUUGGGUGCCCUUGGAAAUGUCAUCCUAGCUUUGGCCAAUGGAGCCAAGCAUGUGCCAUACAGAGACAGCAAGCUUACCAUGCUGCUGAGGGAAACGCUGGGCAACAUCAACUGUAGAACCACCAUGAUCGCCCACAUCUCUGACUCGCCAGCCAAUUAUGCGGAAUCUCUCACCACUGUGCAGCUUGCCUCCCGUAUUCACCGCAUGAGAAAGAAGAAAUCCAAGUAUGCAUCAAGUUCCUCUGGAGGGGAAAGCUCCUGUGAAGAAGGACACAUCAGACGGAGACCCUUCUACCCUCGGACUGUGGCUCUUGACCCAGACCAUCCUGCAAUGUUAUCCAGUGACCCAGAUUACUCCUCCAGCAGUGAGCACUCAUGUGAUACAGUGAUUUAUGUGGGGCCUGGUGGGACCCCUAUCUCUGAUCGUGAACUCAGCGACAAUGAAGGCCCCCCUGCAUUUGUUCCUAUCAUUCCCUCUCUGAACAAGAAGCGUGUAAAAGAGGGACCUAAUUCUGAUGGGGACCACCUCAAAUGCAACACCUUUGCAGAGUUACAGGAACGGCUUGAGUGUAUAGAUGGCAGUGAGAGCACAUCUAGUUUCACCAGUGAAGGAAAAGGCCAACAGACGGCCUCCAAAAGUGGCAUGGAAAAAGCAUCAGAAGGGGCUUCUGUAUCAAACAGUACUGCCAAGUGUACUCUACAAAAGCCUGCAUACCUGCAACAUGGGGCAGCAUCUGAAAUUAACACUACUUUAAGACAAGAUUCAGAACCUGUUGUGAGAGAGAAAGUUUUUAGUAGAGGACUUAUUCAAAAUCCCAAUGCCUCUUCAUCCUUGCAGAACAUUUCAAAGACCUCACUUUUGAAUACCGAGUGGGGCUUAGCCACACGGACACCUCCAGUAGGUAUGAGCCAGCAAGCCCUAAGGCAGGGAGAACGCAAUGACUCCCCAAUUACUGACAGAUCCCAUCACCUCAGUAGAAGUCCUAUGGAAGUAAGCCAUCUACGUGCUACUCUGAGGAACAGGUGCCUCGAUAGGGAUGUUUUAAGGACUACAGUUACACUGCAGCAGCCUGUGGAGCUCAAUGGAGAGGAUGAGCUGGUGUUUACGGUGGUUGAAGAGCUACCUGCUAGUCUGGUUCCAGACAAUGGGAGACCAUCCAGCAUCAUUAACUUCAACCCAGACUGCUCUUUGCAGGCCCUGGCAUCUCACUCACGGCCUGUUAGCAUUAUCAGCAGCAUCAACGAUGAAUUUGACGCAUACACAUGUCAGAUGAACAGGUCCCAGCUAAACCAAGGUGCUACUUCCAAGACACAGGAGGAAUUUACAGCUGGUCAUGCAACUGCAUGCUCUUCAGUUGGGUCCUUGUCUUGCAAGACAGAUAUUUGUACCCCAAGUAGUGAUGAGCCAUCAAAGGGAGUGCGCAAGGGACCAGUCAGCAGCUCCAUGAUGGAUUUACCUGGUGGUUUACACACUGAGUCUUUCUCCCAACAAAGAACGAAUAUUCCACUGGGUGACAGUGGAAUUUGCUUUUCAGAACAAGAAUAUUCUGCAACCAUUGACAAAUUGUCCAUAUCUAAGUGCCCUCUAUCUCACGACAGUACCAAAGCAUCCCUUGGUGGUCCAAAGUCAAUAAGAUCUAAUAGACUCAUGACCUCACAGUCUGCCCAGAUCUCAUACAUUUCUACACUCCCUAGAAAGAGCACCCAAACUGCAACUUCUAGUAUUAGCUACAGCCAUGAGCUACAACACCAAGGUAGCAGAAUAGAAGAACAAUGGACCCACACUAGUAGUGGGCUACACUCAGCCAGAAAUUCUGAGUUUAGCUCUGUUAGCAAGCAACAGAAAAAUGGCACGAGUGGAAUUGCAUCCAGAAAGACAAGCGGGAAUAGCAACAGUGUACCUCGUCCUCCUAAAAUGCAUGUAUCGUCCACAUCUCAAAGGGUUGUGGAUGGUUGUGAGAAGUCAAGUGUUAAGAAAGGGGACCUGAGCAAGAUGCCUCAGCUCAGGAGAGGAGCCACCACUCUUGGCAUGGUCUCAGUGUCCCAUAGCUCCUCUGAGAUGAAAUGGGGUAAUGAUGCCUCUCAAACAACUGGUAGCCUGAAAUUCUCAUCCUUAGGAAAGAGAGUUAAUGGACAGAAGGGUAGUAUGCUCCCUAAGUCCGGAAGCAUGUCACCCCCUGCUCCACCUGUCCGAAAGUCAAGCCUCGACCAGAGAACACGCAUUUUGUUGUCUCCUAGUGCCUUAAAGUCUGUAGGUAAUGAUGGAACAAGAUUGUCUUCCUCCAAAGCAUCGGUUUCUGAGGAGGACUUUGAAGUUCGAGUUAGAGGGGAAUCCUUUAGCUUUAAGUCCUCCAGCCUGAAGACAGCUUCUAGUCUCAGAACACAUAGUGCUAAAGGAGACAAUGGAAGGCAUUUUGGUAGUCUUUUGUCGCUUGAAAGGUUUGACAGUUUAACCUCUGUGAGUUCCAAACCAAUAACAUCAAGGGAAAACAGUAAUCUCAGUAUCAGUAGCACUGGCAAAUCUGCUAAAAUGGUGCCAAAACCUGGGACACCCUGUUCAAUAUCUACACCAACCAUUACUUCCCCUCCAUCUACUAGUGGAAUUUGUAAGCUUGGACAGAUAAAAGCCAGUAUAACUCCUAGAUCCAUUGUCGGGAAUGGCAACAAAGGGAAGACCUUGUUGAGUACUGGUUCAAAGUCUCUUAGCUCCUCCACCAAGUUCCUUGCUGUCUCAGCUGCUCGGAACACCAGUCUACCUCCAACUGGAAAGCCCCCAACACGCUCUGUCACAAGCUCCAAUACUAAACAAGGAAGGGGUACUAUUAUGGGCACAAAGCAAGCGAUUCGUGCAGCCAACAGCCGGGUCAGUGAAUUAGCAGUUGGUAGUUCCAAGAAACACCUCAGGGGCUCUGACCAAGCAGAUGGCAGCAAUGAUGCCAGAACUUCCAGUGAGACUCCACUGGCUGCUCAUUUGCCUUCUCCUUACAGCAAGAUCACAGCCCCUCGCCGUCCUCAGCGCUAUAGUAGUGGUCACGGUAGUGACAACAGCAGUGUACUAAGUGGUGAACUGCCUCCUGCCAUGGGGCGCACUGCACUUUUUUAUCACAGUGGUGGCAGCAGUGGCUAUGAGAGCAUGAUCAGGGACAGUGAAACCACAGGGAGUGCAUCUUCUGCCCAUGAUUCCAUGAGUGAGAGUGGAGUGUCCACGUCCAGUCGAACAAAGGCCUCAAAAUCUCCCAAAAAGAGAUCUAAUGGCCUGCAGCGACGCCGUCUGAUUCCUGCUCCUCUGCCAGACACCUCUUCUCUGGGCAGGAAGGUUGGUGCAGCAGGCCAGUGGGUCGAUCUGCCUCCAAUGGGGGGUGCUAUGAAGGAGCCCUUCGAGAUCAAAGUGUACGAAAUUGAUGAUGUGGAACGAUUUCAGAGACGCAAAGAAGGGUUGACAGAGGGUUUGCAGUAUUUUAACGCCCGCCUUAGGAUGCUGGAGAAGAGGCAACAGCAGAUCAGGGAGCUAAGAGCCAAUCACGAGAAGCUGAAAAAGGAGCUAGAGGACGCCAAGACUCAUCUCAUGCUGGACCCCAGCAAAUGGAUGGGAGAAUUUGAUGUGGACCCUGAUCUGGACCAGGAGUCGCAGGACUACCUGGAGGCUCUGGCACAGGCCACAGGAGACCUGGAGUUUUGUGUCAACCUAUGCAAGUCUCGUGUGAUGAUGGAAACCUGCUUCGAUAUCGCUGUGCCCUCGAUUCCAGGACAGAGUGGACAACAGGAGAUGGAGGUCUAGGAGAGAACAAAACAGGAUGUUGUUUGGAAGCUAGCUGUGAGUUAUGGCAAGAUCUUUUUUUUUUUCCUGGGAUUGAGACUGUCCUUCAACAAGUGAAGAUAUUGAAUAAGCAUGGUUAGAAACUCCCUGAAAUGCUGAGAAACUGGAUAGGAUAAGAGUCCCUUUCCCGAGAUCUUUGUUAAACUUAACCAGGAAGUGCCUUAAACCAAAAUUAAAGUAAAAAAUAAAUAAAAUCCCAAGAACUAUCUUUGCUUUAUGAUUGGUGCUAGUAUUGAGACAUGCUUUCUCAAGUACACUUUGAAAAACAAAGUAUUUUGCAUUGCAAUGCAGCAUAUAGUGUAUUUAUAAGAGCUAAAGUGUGUAAAAUAUAGUUUUAAGUAUUAAACAAUACAAAAUAAUAAGAAAACUCCCCAUAUUAUUGCCUUUUUUAAUAUAUAAUUGACCACAAUUAGAACUCAACUUUUUUUAGUAUUUGACUUUUUUCUUCAGCGUAAUGCAAAAACGUGCUUGCCCCUGACAGAUGUGAUGUCACUCGAUUGGAUAAAGAUGCUGAAGCUGUGGCACUGUCGUCUGUCUCAUUUAGUUACAGUCGCUCUGCACAAUGAUUGGCUCUCUGAUACAGAUCUACUACUUUAACUGAUUGGUGCAGCUGGUGGCAAAUCAGAAAUUAGAGCUUGUCUCAAACACUUCUCAGGACAUCAAACCGAAGUGAGUUUGUACUUAUGAAUUUCAGUGUGUGCUGUGUGCGUCAUACUGUAACGUAUGCAUGUGGCUGUUCUUCUCUGAUCAUGCAACAUCCAGCGUUAAGCUGGUUUCUUUUAGCGUGGUAAACGAAUUCACUCUAUCUACCUGAACUUCAAAAGAUUAUGCCUUUUUACACUGAAAAUGAAUAUGUUCAAAUAUACAAAUGGCUAUCAUCUGUUGACAGCAUCUCAGCACAGGACCUUAUCCUCACUGUGUCCCGUGAUUUAUCUUCAGCCUCUAAUGUUUGAUGAUUUUUGUUUGUCAUGUUAAUCCUUAAAGUGUCUCUGGAGAGAAGUGUGACUGAUGUUUCUCAUAAAGAAACAAACAGAAGAGAUUAUUGGGAUUUGCAAGAGUUUGAAAUAGAAACAUGGCUAUUUUUUUACAUCUUAAAAUUAUUUCAUUGUUUUUGUUGUUGAAUGAUUCUUUAUUUAAACAGAGAAAAAAGACACAAGCUUUUUUCUCCAAGUUGCUGCAUGAAUUAUUUUUUUCCUCUUUGUUUUGUAUGGUAGUCUCUGAUUUCUACUAAUAAUUUAAAUUUAUCAGAUUUGCCAAGCAUUUAGAGUUUUUCAA